AUUUUUUAUAGAAACAAAAUUCAACUAGCAGCAAAUGCGUAUCUCUUCUCAUUUGGUUAUCAUUUUAGUAACGUGGGGGACAUGGGGUGUGAUGGGGAACUUCAGACAUGGUGGAAAGGAAGUAUUCCCUUGGUGGGCCUGGACGAACAUCUCCGAAGCAACACUUGCACUGGAGCCAGAAGAGCCACCAUACGAGAAGCCGACACAAGAGUCGCGCAUCAACAGCCUCAUCGAGAGAAGACGGCAGCGACAGCGAGAACGGUCAAGGAGGCCGCUCACGCCCCCCGUCGCUCUUGGAGACUCACCGCGCCUGCAGCGGCCGACCACAAAUAGCCCUGCGGUUGCUUACAAAGAUGAGCGACUUUGCUACGGCUAUUUCAACACUGGCAAAAUACCGGGUGUCGACUCGUCGCGGCUGGAGGUCUAUCAUGCCCAGUUCGGGGAGCUGCCCUGGGCUGUGCUUCUUGUGAACGCUGAUGGGUCGGUACGCGGGGCGGGGGCACUCAUCCACCCCAGCCUCGUGCUCACCGUGGCUCAUCCAUUUGGACAAGACCUGGGAGGCGUGGCAGGGGUGAGCGCCGUGCUGGGGGAGUGGGAUCGCUCCGUGCAAACCGAGCCGCUGCCCUCGCAAGAGAUCGCCGUGCGGGACAUCAUCGUCCACCCCCAGCACACCCCGGAGCCCAUGGCCUUCGACAUCGCCGUCCUGAUCCUGGCGGUCAGUGGCUUAGCCUUAUGGUGGGGGUAG